GCAACAUAACAAGUUGCACUUUUAAAUAUGAAACAAUUUUAAUACGCGUGCUCGACCAAACUCCAAUCGACAUCACCUAGAUUAUCGCAAAGAAAAUGGCGUGACAUCAUACAUCUCUCAUGUCAAAAUUAAGAUAAAUACAUAUUCGAUAGAGUCAGCGAUAAGUAUUUGUUACGAUAAACACGUAUUAUGAUAAAAUUGCGCAAUUGUUGAAUUCUUAUGGUAUGAUAUAAAACGAAGAGAUGAACAAUUCUCAGCAAUCGUAGUGGGAUAUUGCAGUGUGAUUAUAUUACGUGAUAAAAUAUGACUGAUAACAGGCCAACAGAAGAAACAGCAAGGGUUAAUUGUGAGCCAGUUAUGCCACAUGUGUCAAAUAUAAACGAGACGAGACAAGAUCCAGCAACACCAAAUAUCAGUCAUCACUCCACAUUGCCUAGAACAGCAUUUAAUUUUGGUGCAAGAACAGCAGAACAUUCUCGAAUACUUGCAGAUAACAUAUCCUCUACAAUUCGUCCUUUUAUACAACACUCAGCACCUAGUAUAUUGUUGACAUCAUUCUUGAUGUACGGAUUACACUAUCAAACUCGACCAGUUCCAUUGCCAAGUCAUAGCUAUGUUAUCAACCUAGAAGAGCACCCAUCGAGUAAUACAACAUCUCACAAUGAAUCUACCCAUGAACAUCAUGAGGCUACAAACAUGGUUGCAGAAAUACAAAAUAAUAAUAACACUAUGGAAAAUACCAUUAUAAACAAUGACCAGAUAAGUCCGGAAACUCGUGCAAUGCUGAAAAUAUUACAGCAAUAUGUUCCAUUUCUCUUCAUACUCCUCACCAAAACUUUCUACGAUCACAAAACCGGGAUAUUGAUGUUCAUCGUAUUGCUUAUCACGUUUAUGAAUGCCAACAACAGUCUUAAACGUGAAAUCGCCAAACAAAAUAAUCGAAGUCGUUGGUUACUUUUACUGGUCCUAUGUUACGUUAUUGCCUGUAUUGUGUUUGUUGCUUACACACUCGAACUGUAUACACUCGUUCCUUAUGCUCAGCCACUCACAAUAUGGGAUUUGCUAUGUUAUGUCAUAGUAAUGGAUUUCUUCCUCAAACUUAUAACCAUUGUUUGCAAAGUGCUUCUGACUUGUCUCCCCGUUCGAUUACUAGCUUUCCAGAAUCGAGGGAAGUAUUAUCUUCUGAUGGAAGCAAUGUCGCAGCUUUAUCGGUGCAUUGCUCCCAUUCAGCCUUGGUUAUACUAUUUAUUUGAGACGUAUCAAGGUCCAGAGAAAAUCGUGGGAAUUCUCUUUUCCCUGACUUAUACUUUUAGUAAAGGGAAUGAUUUACUGCCACGUCUAAAACUCUUCCGCACUGCUAUAUGGAAACUCUUCAAAAAUGUGAACUUAGGAAUGCUACCAUCAAAGGAACAGGUGAUUGCAUCCGGUAGUAUAUGUGCUAUUUGUCACGAAAAAUAUACCACACCGGUUAAGCUCCAUUGUAAACAUAUAUUUUGUGAAGUGUGUAUCUUGACAUGGUUGGAUAGAGAGCGAUCAUGUCCGCUGUGCCGCGCGUCUAUCACAGACGAUCCGAUUUAUCGGGAUGGCCAUACAACGCAUUUUAUCCAAUUGUAUUGAUUCUUCUCUCUGUGGAUAUCUUUUGUACAGUCUUUUUAUUGCUAUGUAAAAAAUAUUAGAGCUUCUAUUAACAAAUAUUCUCCUCGUAAUCUUUGGCUACAAUAGUGACAGGAUUUUGUAUAUUUUGACGAAAUUUAAUCACUAAUGUCAAAUUAAUAACAGAAAGAGAAAAUAAAAAAGAUUAAAGAAAAAAGACCCUGUUUUCAAGGUCUAUAAAUAUUUAAACAUAUAUAGAAUAUCCUAAAAUAGCGAUAGGCAUAUGUUAGUAAGAAUCGUAUAAAUCUUACAAUAGAAAAAUAAUGAAACGUUAUGAAGCAAGAAUGAAACUUUUUUUCUUUAGUAAGAAUAUGAAACAGGUACAGUUCUGAUGAUACAGUUUCUGUAAAUCAGACUCUGUAAAUAUGCAAAAAAAAAUUUUUCAUGCCAAAUGUUGUAUUUUAUCUAUAUUUCUUACUCGUUAUAUUCAAAUAUGAGCCCGUCAACAUUAUGUCUAUAUUAAUCUUUGCUUUACACAAAUAUGUACGAAAUAUAUUUAUAUCUCAUUAUCUCGGAUAAAUCGAUAUCUGAAAUUAUAACUAUUCUUGCAAAAUUUAUUUCUUCAGAUUACUAUGUAAUAUAUAUAGUUAUUACGGAAUUAUUUGUAUGGAAAAAAGGUAUACCACAGAAAUUUCAUUUUGAUUGCUUUAUAUGAUCUUGUCUUCCUUAAAGUAUAAAAUAGUGUAUAAAAUUAAUAUCAUAAUUCUCGCCUCUGAUAUGUUAAUGUACAAAGUAAAAUUAAUAAAUGAAAAUUGCAGUCGUUACACAAGUUUGGUAUACAGUGUUUGUACAUGCUAUUGGUGUAUAACUCUCAAUAUCUAUGUAACUUCAGUACAGAUAUUUUUUAUAUACAUAUA